GCGGGCCUCCAGUUAUCUUCCAGAAGUCGAGCAUCAUGCUGCGCCUGGGUGUAUUGAGCCGCCGUCAGGUCCAAGCGUCGACGGCAUCAGUAUGGGGCCAGUCCUUCCUGAGCUCUCGUCAUUUUAGCGCCGUAACCAACAACUACGGCAAUGCGUUCUCGCACUAUGUGCAUGCCAAAGACACGGCCGAGAAAUCGCCAAGUGACAUCCUCAAACCCGAUUUGGCGACAUUCAAGAAGCUUCCCAGCUUGGACGAGCCCAUCCCAGGGCUGCCGGUGCUGAAACCCGCGAGUCAAUUGCAAGCUCCACGAACAGAGACCACGGUGUUGCCGAACGGCCUUCGCGUGAUUUCACAAGAAACGUACGGCCAAGCGUCGACAGUGGGUCUGUUUGUCGACGCCGGCAGUCGCUUCGAAGACGACUCGAACACUGGGGUCACGCACAUGAUGGAGCACUUGGGGUUCAAGAGCUCGCGUUCCCGUAGCCACGCCGACCUCGUUCGCGAGUUCGAAGACAUUGGCGCGCAGACCACCGCGUCCAGCGGCCGCGAGCAGCUCAUCUACACGGUGGACGUCCUUCGAGACAACGUGGACAAGGCCCUGGCGCUUCUGGCCGACGCGUUCGUCAACCCUGCAAUCCUGGACGACGAAAUCGAAAUGACCAAAGUGAUCAUGAAGAUCCAGUCCGAGGACCUCAAGGAGAACCCGCAGCUGUUCCUUCAAGAGCGCGUCCACACGGCGGCGUACGGCGCGCACCACACGUUAGGUCGGCCGCUGCAGUGCCCGCUGGAGCACGUCGACGCCCUGGACCGAACUGCGGUCACUUCGUACAUGAACAAGUUCUUCGUCGCGCCGCGCAUCGUCCUCGCCGGCUCGGGCAUCGAACAUGCCGUGCUCGUGGAAAAGGCCAAAGAGUACUUUGGCGCCCUCAAAGCGGAGGCGGCGGACGACGUCGCCCCCCUCGAGCCCGCCGUGUACCGAGGUGGGUUGGAAGCCAUCGAGAACGCCGACGCGCCCUUCUCGUACGCGUCGCUUGCGUUUCCCACGGGCGGAUGGCACCAUGAAGAUUUGGUGCCUGUAUGUGUGCUCCAGACGUUGUUAGGAGGGGGCGACUCGUUUUCAGCUGGUGGACCUGGCAAGGGCAUGUACUCGCGCCUGUACACGCAUGUGCUAAAUCGGUACUACUGGGUCGAAUCGGCGCAAGCAUUCUCGUCAUUGCACAACGAUGCUGGGCUGGUGGGUAUCUACGGAGCCUGCAUGCCCGAAGCCACGGGCCAACUGGUGGGGCUGCUCGUGAAUCAACUGCUUUCGAUUGCAUUGCACGGCGUGGAUUCCACCGAACUGUCUCGUGCCAAGAACCAGCUCAAGUCAUCCGUGUUGAUGAACUUGGAGUCCCGCAUGAUUCUAUAUGAAGACAUUGGCCGACAGUUGCUCACGUAUGGCAUCCGUGAGAGCCCAGAGUCCAUCUGCGACAAGGUGGAUGCGGUCACGGCCGCGGACGUCCAGCGCGUGGUCCGAGAAGCGAUGGCCCACAAGCCAAGCCUCGUGUACAUGGGCAAGCUGUCCGACUUCCCCAGUUACGACAACGUGGCCCAAGCGAUCGACCAAGUGCUGACGCAGCAGCAGCAGUCGCCUUAGCAUUGGAUAGAUUUCGUAGACAUGGUGUGAGGGAUACUGUAACACGAUCUAACUCAAUCCAUUCGAGCAUAUUGCCG